AUGAAGCCUGUCUCAGCCGCUGCGGUGCUCCUCGUAGCUAUCGGCGCAUACGCCCAAUCAUCCGACCUCUUCACUCGGUUCAUGACGUACAAUAUCCGCUGGGCAACACCCACUCCGGGUACCAAUGAAGCACUUUGGUCCGUCCGUCGGCCCCGUCUCACGGCGCAGCUCAACUACGAAACCGCCGGACGGCCCGAGUCCCUCGUCUGCAUGCAGGAGGUGGUUGAAGAACAACUGCUGGACAUUGCCGAAGACCUCGGCACCUCUUGGUCCCACAUCGGUGUCGGCCGCGAUGACGGCGUUGCGGCGGGGGAGUUCUCUCCGAUCUUCUAUCAGCCGGGAGCUUGGGAGCUUGUGGAGAACCGCACAUGUUGGUUGAGUGACACUCCGGAUGUCGCCGGCUCUGUGGGCUGGGAUGCGGCUCUCCCGCGAAUUGUCACAGUCGCCUCAUUUACCCAAGUCGGCUCUGGCUUUCCUCUGGUUUUCAUGUGCACCCAUUUCGACCACGUUGGUCAAACUGCACGCGAAAAUAGCGCGGCAUUCCUGGUUGGUCUCGCCAAAGAAUGGGAGUCUUCCGCGAACGAGGUGACGCCUGUGUUUCUGGGAGGCGAUUUGAACAUUGAGCCUGACAAUCCCGCCUACCAGACAUUGGUUGCAGAGGGUAACAUGCACGACACACUUGACGUGACACCUGAGGCGCAUCAAGUUGGGUACUCAAAAACUUACACGGCGUUUACGGAUGACGAAUCGGACGAUAGCCUUAUCGAUCAUUUGUUUGUCAGGGAUCCAACUGUCAGAGGGAUGGAAUUUCUUAGCCACGCAGUGUUGCCGAACAAAUUUGACGACGGGCUUUGA